CUAUGACAAUCGAACGAGCAACAACUAAUUUAUCACCAAGCUUCGUGUUGUCGUGAGGCGCAGGCACAGGCUCAGAAGACGAAAAAGAAAGGUAUAAAGAGGCCAUUUCCUCUCCAGACUUUUUCAGACGGUAGCGCAUUUCUGGUCGGGUUGAAAUAAAUCUACACCAGCCUCGUCCCACGCCUUGGUUGCUCGCCCCUUUCUUUGCUUCCCCUUCCUUUUUUUCUUCCUUCUACGCGUCUCCCUCCAGCCAGAUCAAUAUCGACUCCUUUUGCAAGCAUGGCGCCAAAAAGCAAGGUAUCACAGUCUGCAAAGGCAACUGAGGAGCCUCACGGCUAUGAAUUCUUCGGACCUCCUGGCGCAGCAUUGAUCUCCUUUGGUCUACCUCUCUUCUGCUACGUGUUGACAUUCUUCUGCAAUGAUGUUUCUGGUUGUCCUGCACCUUCUCUGCUCCAUCCUUCCACCCUCACUCUAGAGCGGCUGAAGGAGGAGGUGGCAUGGCCUGGUAUCUCUGGUCUUCUUUCUACCCAAGCUUUCCUUGCGACUCUUGGCUACUAUCUCCUCAACCUUGCUCUCUAUGCCUUUCUUCCUGCUGAAGAGCCCGAGGGUACUGAGCUGAAGACUGGCGGACGCCUCAAGUAUCGUCUCAAUGCCUGGGGUUCAGCCAUCUUCACCAUGGUUAUCCUUGCCGCUGGAACUGCCGUUGAAGGUGCAGACUUCGUUGUCUGGAGAUUUAUCUCUGAUAACUACUUGGGCCUACUCACCAGCAACAUCCUUGUUGCUUACUUCUUUGCCUUUUUUGUUUACAUCCGUUCCUUCAGUGUCAAGCACCCCAAAGAUCCUCAUAUGCGCGAGCUAGCCGCCGGAGGACAUACCGGAAACAUGCUCUACGAUUGGUUCAUCGGCCGUGAACUCAACCCUCGUGUUACGCUGCCUAUCUUUGGAGAAGUCGACAUCAAGGCCUGGUGCGAGGUGCGCCCUGGUUUGUUGGGCUGGGUGAUCCUUGACCUUGCAUUUGUUAUGCAGCAAUACCGCAACUUCGGAAAGGUCACUGAUUCUAUUCUCCUCGUUACGAUCGCACAAGCUGUCUACGUCUUUGAUUGCUUGUACAUGGAGAGUGCCAUCCUCACAACCAUUGAUAUCAUCAAUGACGGUUUCGGCACCAUGUUGAGCUUCGGCGACCUUGUCUGGGUUCCCUUCACCUACAGCAUCCAGGCAAGGUAUCUUGCCACCUAUCCCGUGGAACUCGGAUGGACUGGAAUCGCCGGUGUCCUCGCGGUACAGGGAGUUGGAUAUUACAUCUUCCGCUCCGUCAACAACGAGAAGAAUCGCUUCAGAACCAACCCCGAGGAUCCGCGUGUGAAGCACUUGAAGUACAUUGAGACUGCCUCGGGAUCUAAACUUCUGAUCACAGGCUGGUGGGGUACGGCCCGUCACAUCAACUACCUUGGUGAUUGGUUCAUGAGCUGGUCAUACUGCCUGCCGACGGCUAUUGCUGGAUACCUCAUCCAGGAUGCGAAACAACAUCCUAUUAAGGCCACUGCCAGCGACGCCGCUUUCUUCCAGAAUUCGUAUGGAAAGUACGCCAUUCCUGGGGAAGCCAAGGGUUGGGGUACCUUUUUCACCUACUUCUUCAUGCUUUACUUUGCCAUCCUUCUCAUUCACCGCGAGCGAAGGGAUGAAGAGAAGUGCAGGAGAAAGUACGGAAAGGACUGGGAGCGGUACUGCGAGUUGGUACCAUACAGAAUCGUGCCAUACAUCUAUUAGAUGGACGGUAUGAGCUGUGUAGGAGGGAGGGAUUAGAAUGCAACGCUAUCAGAUCGGACUGGAUCUGGUUGAAGACGUGCAUUCCUUAAUGGCAGGAGAGGAAGAUGACAUGCUAUCGCUUGGACGAUUGAAGACGUGCAUCUACGGAAUUUUUGAGCGGAUAUCCGCACAUAUAAUGGUGAUUAGAAGUGUAAUGCUACCGCCUGGACGGUUGAAGACAUACACUCGGUACACAUAGGGUUUCGGGCUACUCUGAUUGGAUACAGGUGCCAUGCUAUCGCCGAGGGGUGAUUGAAGACAUGCAUCUAAAAUUUCGAAGGAAUUAGGAGGAAAAGGGCGACAUGCUAUCGUCAGAAAUGAUUAUUGAAGACGUGCGUCCACCAGUAAUGCUUAAUAUAAAAUCAAACCAAGAUUCGAUGCAAUGCUAUCGGCCUCGAAAGAGGUUCGAUUGAAGACAUGCAUC